ACUCUCAAAGGGCGUUCCUGCGCUAAUGAUUGCAAGAUUUCUUGCAAAGCCAGCAGAAGUAGGAGGUUGGGUCAUUUGUUUUGAACCACAUUUUUUUACAGCCGGACUAACCUGAUUCUACGUUUCUCUGUAGAUGAUAAAGAAUGGGCAGAUGGGCUUACACAGGUCCCAGGCCUUUGAAGCUGUGUCUCUCUCCUCUCAGCUGUAUAUUUUACCAUGGCUUGUCUUCUGAGCAGCUGUAGUGGAGGAGUCGACUGCCUGCGUCGUGCCCUGAAUCACUGCUUUAUCCGGAGCCACAGCUUGCCGACGGCUCCCAGGACUUUCACUGUGCCUUUGUCCUGGACUCACUAAUGCUGCCAAGCCAUGUACGUCCUGGCCUCUCUGUUUGUCCUCUACCUCUUCUGUUCAGCUCUGACGUCCAGCCAAGGCUGGCCCUUGGACUGUACUCCCCGAAAGACCGUCCCUUACCACAGUGACAAUGGGAAACUGUUCAGGGAGAAUGACGUGUGGAACUAUACCACGAUGGCCCUCAGAGAGGACCUGGGUCUGAUCUUUCUGGGAACCAGAGGAGCCAUUUUUGCCCUAGACAUUAACAACAUCAACAAUAAGAAGGCCUCAGUGAGAUGGGGUGUGACCGAAAAACAGCAGAAAGAAUGCACAUAUAAAGGAAAGGACCCAGAAAUAGAUUGCCAGAAUUACAUCCGCAUUCUGCAUGGGACAGAGGAUGGCAGGAUGUAUGUGUGUGGAACCAAUGCCUUCCAUCCAAUGUGUGAUUACAUGAACUACACAGAUGGGCAGUUGAUAAUGCAUAAUAACCAAGAGGAUGGGAAAGGGAAAUGCCCCUUUGAUCCCUUCCAGAGGUACUCCUCAGUGUGGGUUGAUGGAGAGCUGUACUCAGCCACCUCCAUGAACUUCCUGGGCUCUGAGCCUGUGGUGAUGCGCAGUUCUGAAGACCCCAUCCGCACUGACUUCAAAAGCUCCUGGCUCAAUGAGCCUAACUUCAUCUACAUGGACCAUAUCCCCGAGAGUGAGAAUAGCCCUGAUGGAGAUGAUGACAAGGUCUAUCUGUUCUUCAGUGAGACCGCUGUGGAGUAUGACUUCUACCAUAAGCUGGCUGUGUCUCGGGUAGCAAGGGUCUGUAAGGGAGACUUGGGUGGACAAAGAACCCUUCAGAGGAAAUGGACAUCUUUUGUAAAAGCACGUCUGGAAUGCCCUGUCCUGAAGUCCCAGUUGCCUUACUUAGUGCAGGAUGUUUUUCGCGUGUGUCCUGCUGGCUGGACUACAUGUGUAUUCUACGCUAUCUUCACCCCUCAGAUGCACUUUUCAGACCACUCAGCUGUGUGUGCCUACAGCAUGCAUGAUAUAAAACAAGUGUUUACUGAGGGAAAGUUCAAAACGCCUGUUACCGUGGAAACCUCUUUUGUGAAGUGGGUGAUGUUCAGCGGCGAUCUGCCCACCCCUCGACCAGGAGCGUGUAUCAAUGGAGCAGCACGUAAGCAGGGCAUUACUAGCUCUCUGGAUCUGCCAGACAAGACCCUGCAGUUCAUUCGAGACCGUCCGCUGAUGGACCAAGUGAUAGAGCCGAUGAACAACCGCCCACUACUGGUCAAGAAAGGAGCCGCGUUCACUCGCAUUGUAGUAGCCAGUGUAGUGGCUUUGGAUGGAGCUACUUACCACGUCAUGUUUAUUGGCACAGCGACUGGCUCUGUGCUCAAGGCUGUUAAUUAUGCUGAGGACAACACUGAAGAGACGGCCAUCAUCGAAGAGCUGCAGCUCUUUCAGUCCUCGGAGGCAAUCAAGAUCCUACGUCUCUCCAAGAGCACGGGCCACCUGUUUGCGGGCUCUGAGGUAGGCGUGGUGCAGAUGCCCUUGAGUUCCUGCGGGCGCUACACGUCCUGUGGGGACUGCGUCCAUGCCCGGGACCCGUUCUGUGCAUGGGACCUCGCUGCAGCGCAGUGCACCUCCCUCAGCCCAGUGGCCACUCAAGCAGACAGUAAGCUGAUUCAGAAUCUGCAGAAUGGAGAUGCCUCUGGCUGCCCCCCUCCAGAGACGGCCAAACUGGUGACCCGCACCUUUGUGCCAGGCAACAACGUGAAGCUGGAGUGUAAGCCCAUCUCUAACCUGGCAAAGCAGGACUGGUAUGUGGGCGAUAAAACCCUGGUGCUCUCGGACAAGUACAAAGUUCACAACGACAGCCUGAUGAUCCUCAACGCCAGCGCGGCCGACGCGGCCAACUACUCCUGCUGGUCAGUGGAACGCUCCCAUGAGCAUGAGUACCGGUGGCAGAAGGCCAAGUACCAGCUCACCCUGGGGACCAAUGGGGACGGACGAUGGGUGCUCCCCACCUCCCCUCAGGCCCAGUCCAGCCGCCAGCAUCUGGUCAGCUUGCAGAUCUUGGUGGUCUUACUGUCCGUCAUGCUGGCUUUACUAGUUGCAUGGAAUUUCUACAAAGGCCAUUUGACACUGCCCUGUAAGAUGGGACGAGGACAGGCUCACAUGAACAGCAGCAGAGGUGAAGUGGCCAACACACAGCAGCCAUUGCAGCAUACCGAGGAGAAAACCUCAGCCCCGGUGGGUAACCGUAACAACAACCACGCCAACCUGGAGAACACCAUCUCAAUGGAUGGCCAUGAUGACGUGUCAGUUAUUUAAGUUCUGGGGGGAAUUCGCUCAUCCCACAUACAUUUUUAUAAAAAAAAAAAUGUUGAGUCCAACAAAAAGGGGCCUUUUGA